CUUCGAUAUUGGCAGUGUGCGCUCGGGGAGUGAAGAGAGAGGUGUGUGCAUUCGGCUCCUCCGUCGCCGCUAACUAAACCCGUCUCCGUCACUCGUAAUGUCCCUUUGGAGGAAUGUAGGAGCAAGUGUAACAAAAAAGCAUCAAUCAUAGUGCUGCAGAGAGCUUUGUGAAGGCACUUUAUUAAAAGAAUUACCGGUGAAUUUUUAGCUGGUUCGUGAUUUGGAAAACACAAGAUAAGUGCAAACACAGCUUAGCGAUAAAGUGAUCGUUUUCAAACCGGAUUAAAAAAAAAAAAAAGUCUAACAAUACACCUAUUAUAAUUAAAGUGAUCUUGUUCAACUAAAGCUUGCACUGCAUCGGCACAUUAUCCUUGUCAUAUUCGGAAAGUAGCAGCUUGAUGACUCUGGCCUCAUCACUGCACUGCAGCUUAAAGCUCUACCCUCGAAAGUGAUAAAGGAACCUCAGAUUGUGUCGUGCGUACACAUGCCAAUCCAAAGGACACGAUAGAUGGUAAUGUCGACUGGUAUAAAGUGGAUGGUGCCCUCUCCAUGUGGUGCGGCAGGUGGAGUAAGGCACUAUUGAUUACGGUGCCAGUGUAGUCCAGGGCUGGUGGCACUGGUCUGCUCCUCCUACCAAGGUCCCUCGCCGCCGUGUGUGGUACCCGGAGAGUCAGGGAGCUUAAAAGAGACACGCAGAAAGAAAAUGCUUAUUCAUUACUACCCUGGUACCAGUAACCGUAGCGUAUUGUCAUAUUAGGAAGACACACAGACAGAUACAAAGGUCGUACGGUCGCAUUAGCCCCUCAGGGUCCCUUCAAACCAGCCUCCAAAGUGCGGUGUCUUGCAUGACCGACGUGGCGACGCUGCUGAGCAUCUACAACACGAUGUCAGCUGCUGAGACGCGUCUGCCACAGGCUGGGGGGGAAACCAGAAGCUCCCCGCACCCCCACGAUGCCUCCGCCUCGCCCGCCGCGGCGCAGGACGCUCCUGACGGGGACUCAAUCAUGCUGCUGGAGCCUCGUCCCUUCAGGCCCUUCAAAACCUCUGAAGAGUACCUUUACGCCAUGAGGGAAGACUUGGCCGAGUGGCUCAAGAACCUUUACCAGCUCGAUAUCAAUGUCGACAACUUCUUCGAAAUUCUUGAGACUGGAGAAGUUCUCUGCAGGCACGCCAACAACGUGCGGAGCCUCGCGGAGGAGCAGCGGCAGCAGGGCCUGCACCCGGAGGGCCCAGCCGCAGGCGGCGGCCGCAGGUUCUCGUCCAAGUGGGAGAUCCCGCAGUACGACGUGGUCUUCCGCACCGACGUGGCGCCCGGCUCCUUCUUCGCCAGGGACAACGUGCACAACUUCAUCGCCUGGUGCCGCGACCUCGGCAUCUACGAGGUGCUGCUCUUCGAGACGGACGACCUCGUCAUGAGGAAGAACGAGAAGCACGUGAUCCUCUCGCUGCUGGAAGUGGCCCGGCGGGGCGCUCGGUACGGCAUGGCGGCGCCCUUGCUGGUUCAGAUGGAACACGACAUCGACCGCGAGAUGGAAAAAGAUCGCCUGGCGGAGGAACGCCGCGAGAACGGCGGUUUGUGCGGGGGGGAGUUCGACCACGAGAACGGCGACUGGCACGACGACGGGGGGGACAUCGAGGACGAAACCCCGCAGAUGUUCUACGGUCCUCAGGCACAGAUCAUCACCAACGAUCUCAAAAGUCUGGAUGAAAUGGUGCGGGACUUGGUGGAGAGGUGCUCUUGCCCUUCACAGUUUCCGAUGGUCAAGGUGUCUGAGGGGAAAUACCGUAUUGGCGACACGCGCGUCCUGAUCUUCGUCAGGAUUCUCCGUAACCACGUGAUGGUGCGCGUCGGCGGAGGAUGGGACACCCUCGAGCAUUACCUGGACAAGCACGAUCCCUGCAGGUGUCGUCAAGGUCACCGCACGGCCCUGUCUUCCCGCGUGGGCUUCAAGACGUCGAGCAGCGGACAGGAGAGGCAACUCAUGAACGUCACGUAUGAGAGGUGUGACGAAGGCUACGUUCCCUCCUCUCCGUCGCCGCGUCGCAGAUCGAGCGCUAGCGGCCGAGGAAUCAGGCGAGACUCCCUUGAGGGCCGCUCCUCCCUGCGCCAACGGUCCCAGUCGCCAGCCAACAGGGACCCCGGCGCCCCCUUCUCUCGCACUGGUUCUGGCAGAUAUAACCCCAUAAAGUGGAGUCCCGGUUUGCGCGACGAACAGACCGCCUGGCGAGACGACUCCUCCGAAGUGAGCGAUGAAGGAUACAAGAGUCAGGGGAACACAGGUCCGAGGCCACUCCACAGAAAUCGCAAACCGACACCGAAGAAGAGCCUGGAACUGGAUCCUACAGAUAUAUUAGAACGUCCUGAGUCUUCCAUGACACAGAUGUCCUCUGAGGGAUCGUCGAUGUCCACCGAAGACUCAGUACACACUCCCCCGAGGUCCCCAACCAACACAACGACCACCGCCCCCCACUAUCCCCUCACAGAUGCAACCAACACUUGGUCACCUCCGUCACAGGUCAAGCAUAAAAAUUCCAGCAUUGGUACGCCCAGAUCGAAGAUACCGUUUAUUGAUACCCUGAAGAGUCCAUUCGUAAACAACAAGAAAUCCAAGAAAGCGCCAUUGCCGGAGGAAAAGUCUCCGGGGAAGCCAGCCUGGAAUGCCGGCCCGGGCGUGAGGAGGAACAGCCUGGACCGCGGCGAGCGGGUCAUUAGCCGCAGCAGAAGCGCCACGAGUGAGGGCGGCCUCAUCAUGCUGGGCAGAGAUUCCCCGGCCCGGCAGUCCUUCCGCCCGUCGGCCAGGCGUCCGUCAGGGGGCUCGUGCGGCCCGACAGGGAAGAACACCUGGAACGGCCGAGCUUCGCGGGAACGACCGAGCCUCACCGCCGACACCUACAAGCCACCCACGACACCUAGGACGGUUCGCUCGGCCUCAGCCUCCCCCGCAACCACGCGGCGUCAGGUCGGACACUCGGCGCCGGCCACACCGCUUAACCGCUCGCCGAAACGCUCUGCGCCAGCGUCGACUCUCACGUCCCCUACCGGUGGCGGGCCGCUUUUACAGCAACUGGCCGACUUAGAACCAGACGAAAAUACUCUUUUGUGCAUUAAAGAUAUUUAUGACUCUCUUAAAGCAAGGGUUUCGGAGAGCUUAGCCGCGGAAGGUAAAUCAUUGCCUCCUGAACUCUCGCAAGACUACACUAAUUCGUGGGUGACUGCACAUGUAUCCAGUGGUAGCCGUAGUUUAGAUCCGAAACCCAGUGCUAGUGCUUCGAACGGUCCGCCAGGUUCUGUGAGGAUUACUCCGAGAAAGUCCGGCGUUGGUUCUCGUAUCCCAGCUCCUACCUUUUUCCUUCCUCACCAGACAGGGAUAUAGCAGCGGGAUCAAAUAGAGUAGUAAAAGGCUGUGGACGUGGCACGUGGAGUCAGGGUCAGUAACCUACACCAAUUGGACGGUUAAUCGAAGCUCGCGAUGAAGUGAAUCAAAUUUUGAGUCCUUUUCAUUCUCUGUGUCCUGGAUGAAAACGCGAGAGACUAAAUUGCUCAGACUCUUCGAAGUAGAAAGGGAUGCUGUUCCCCCUCCAGUAGGUGCCACCAACUAAGAUUGGCUAGGAAUAUAUCCAUACCCAAUGUGCCUCUGUAACCACACUAACAUGAAUGGUGCUCCUUACCUAACAUGUGAUAUGUUGCAAUUUAUAUUAUUUCUGAUUUUAUGAGAGUAACAUUCCGAUAUUAUAAUGUGUUUGAUAUCGGUUGUGUCAUAUUGCAGAUACUAGUCGAUUGUAGAAUAGAAAAAAAAUUAUUCUAUCAAAAGUAUUUAAGAUAAACUGUUUUUAAUUCAAUUUGAUAUUACUGUUGACACAUUUUUAGUACAAUGGUAUAUAGCUUUACAGACUUAUUUGAUCCAAACACAUUACUGUAUAUCCCUAAUUUCAGAAUUUGAUUGUAGUCAUUUAUUAUUCAUCGAAGUAUGUAUUCUACUGCAUCAUUAUUUCCCUCUAUGUAAAGGGACGUAGACCUGUCCCUUCUGUGCUCCGGUAUAAUAACUGUCACACACCGGUACAGCAUCUAGUGUCUAACUGGGGACUUUAUAUAACCGAACACCACGUCAAGGAUCAUUCACAACCAUAGUGAAUGCUUUGCAACAGUCUUGAUAUCAAAGUAAUAUAUUGCUAUUAAUGUUGCAAAUAGUAUAGGAAGAAUAGUGUACACAGCAUAUUGUAAUCCUUAAUCAGUGUUGUUUGGAUAAUUAGGCCACAGAGCUAAUCGAUACUGAGAAUGAUGCAUACAGGGCAAUUACAGAACUUUAUUUUCUAACUGAUAUCAACAGGAUUAUUUGUCAUGGGACUGAAUAUGCCCAGCAUUUAAUGUGAUAAGUUUGGCAGAAAACCGUGCAACUGUUAAUCUCUUUGAACAUGGUUUGGAUAUGUGCAUUAAGGUUUAUCAGAAUAUAUGAUAUAAUGUAAAUACAUUCAUUAUAGUUUAUAUAAUGUGUAUAGAGUGUGGCACUCGAGAGUGUACUCUUCUUUAUUAUUAGUCGUCAAAUGAGACAUUUGCAGAUGAUUUGAUUGUUAAAGAGCUUGUGCAUCAAAAUUUUAUAGAUAUAUAUACUGUAUAUGUUAAUUCUUAUAUUGAAACAAGUCCUUGUUUUCUAAAAACACGACUUCCAUAUACGAAAGAGUUAUAGAAUGAUUUCUGACAUUAUAUUAGUUAUAAAGAAGGACAAUGUUGGAUGAGUGAAUGAGAGAAAGUAGUUGCAUUUUUCUCUGUCAACAUAAGUGUGUAUAUUAUCAACUCUCACCCAUAGUGGAUGCAACCCUGAAGGCUUUCCUGUAACUUCCAUUGCUUUGUUAAUAUUUCUAUGUGUAUCAGCCACAGUUUUACUAAUAUAGGGUUAAAACUGAACAGUAAUAUGAUGAAAACGAAAAACUGUUCAUGUCAUGUAAUUAAUUUGUCCAAUAUCAUUAAAAUGUUAUUACACUGUAUGUAAGGACAUUACAGGGUGUUGGGGAAGAAUAUACAAAAUUGUAAAUUAUUUAAUUCAGCCAUACUGAAUUAUUAUAAGACAGUGUGCUGUUUUGCACUGUUCUGUGUUGCUUAGAGCUAAAGACCUAUAUAAUGAUGAGAGGUGAUCAGAGACAAAGUGUUUGAAAGUUUGCUCACUGUAUUUCAUGCUUCCGUCUAGCACUUUGUUCUCAUGUCUUUUGUAAGAUGCUGAAAUAUUGUUCUUCCCUGAUUUUUUUCUACUUAUUUCAGCACUUUGUAACAAUGACUGAUAUACUGGCUUAAGUUUAAGAUUUUAAAUUAUAUACUAAUCCUAUUUUUUGGUUGCUUAUAUUUCUCGUUUGGAGGAAACUGAUGGGGUUCGAGGUAAGCAGAAAAGAUAACAAUAACCAGUAUAUAUUGAUUUUAUUUCGUAAUACAUUGUGGGCCCAUAGGUGAUGUGACGGGCAUGCUGUACAUAGUGUUGAUUGCAACUUUGUGUUAAUCCUUGAUGCUCUCGUAUCAGUGAAGCAAUAUAUAUGCAUAUACAAAUACCAUAUUUUAUUGUAUAACCGGGCCCCACUUAACCCACAAUUUUCCCUGCACCUCAGUUAACUGCUGCUCACUGUACCCUUUUUUAUGUUGGCCAAUGAGCAGAAACUAAUGCACAGAGGUUGUUCAUAAAAUACCUUUUUUUAAUAAACACACUCCAAAAA